UGUUUGUUCUGUUGUGCUCAACACGGCGUCCUGCAUGUGAAUUGAAGUUUACAGAAAAAAUUUCAAAUCUGAUUGGAAACUGAGCCAAAUUACUUGAUUUAAGCUAUCUUCUCUAAUUAGAAUACAUACAACUGUUCAUCAGAAACGCAAUCUAUUGAAGGUGUGCCACACUUCAACCUUCUCGCCAUGAAUCUGAGCUGACGGGUGACUGAGCAGACGCCAAGAUGUAUUUGUACAACCUCACCCUGCAGAGGUCCACUGCGAUCACCCAUGCAGUCCAUGGGAAUUUCAGUGGCACCAAAAGCCAGGAGAUCAUGGUGUCCAGGGGCAAAUCUCUGGAGCUCCUUCGACCUGAUCCCAACACUGGCAAGGUUCACACUCUUAUGUCCAUGGAGGUCUUUGGCAUCAUUAGAUCUCUGAUGGCAUUUCGUUUAACUGGAGGAACAAAAGACUACAUUGUGGUUGGAUCCGAUUCAGGACGCAUUGUCAUUCUUGAGUACAACCCAGCCAAGAACGCACUGGAAAAAGUUCACCAGGAAACCUACGGAAAGAGUGGCUGCAGACGCAUAGUACCAGGACAAUACCUGGCAGUGGAUCCCAAGGGCCGUGCGGUUAUGAUUGGCGCCAUAGAGAAGCAAAAGCUUGUGUACAUUUUGAACAGAGAUGCCCAAGCUCACCUCACGAUUUCCUCCCCGCUCGAGGCGCACAAAAGCAACACUUUUGUCUACCACAUUGUCGGCGUGGACGUGGGUUUCGAAAAUCCAAUGUUUGCUUGUCUGGAAAUUGAUUAUGAGGAGGCAGACAGCGACCCUACCGGAGAAGCGGCGCAGAAAACCCAACAGACGCUCACUUUCUAUGAAUUGGAUUUGGGAUUGAACCACGUGGUGAGGAAGUACAGUGAACCCCUGGAGGAGCAUGCCAAUUUCCUCAUCACAGUGCCUGGAGGCAAUGAUGGGCCAAGUGGAGUUUUAAUUUGUUCUGAAAACUACCUGACCUAUAAAAAUUUCGGUGACCAGCACGAUAUUCGCUGUCCAAUUCCUCGCAGAAGAAAUGACUUGGAUGAUCCUGAGAGAGGAAUGAUAUUUGUCUGCUCUGCCACUCACAAAACCAAAACGAUGUUCUUUUUCUUGGCGCAGACAGAGCAGGGUGACAUCUUCAAAAUCACCCUUGAAACUGAUGAAGAUGUGGUUACGGAAAUCAAACUCAAAUAUUUUGACACCGUGCCAGUAGCUUCAGCCAUGUGUGUUCUAAAAACCGGCUUCCUUUUCGUCGCCUCUGAGUUUGGAAACCACUACUUGUACCAAAUCGCUCAUCUUGGAGACGAUGAUGAUGAGCCUGAGUUCAGCUCUGCUAUGCCUCUUGAAGAGGGAGACACUUUCUUCUUUGCUCCACGUGCUUUGCGCAACCUGGUUCUUGUGGAUGAAAUGGAGGCCCUGUCGCCUAUCUUGGCUUGCCAAGUCGCAGAUUUGGCCAAUGAAGACACGUCUCAGCUCUACAUGCUCUGCGGACGCGGCCCAAGAUCGUCUUUAAGAGUUCUUCGGCAUGGAUUGGAAGUGUCUGAAAUGGCUGUUUCCGAGCUUCCCGGUAAUCCCAACGCUGUGUGGACAGUUAAAAAGCGAUUUGAUGAGGAGUUUGAUGCGUACAUCAUCGUGUCAUUCGUCAACGCUACCCUUGUCUUGAGCAUUGGUGAGACUGUUGAAGAAGUGACAGACUCUGGUUUCCUAGGAACAACGCCAACACUUUCUUGCUCUGCUCUGGGUGAUGAUGCUCUAGUGCAGGUCUACCCUGAUGGAAUUCGUCACAUUCGUGCAGACAAACGUGUGAACGAAUGGAAGGCUCCAGGAAAAAGAACAAUCCAAAAGUGUGCAGUGAACCAGCGUCAGGUUGUGAUCGCACUUACAGGAGGAGAAAUCGUUUAUUUUGAAAUGGAUGCUACUGGUCAACUGAACGAGUACACGGAGAGAAAAGAAAUGCCUGCUGACAUUGUUUGCAUGGCCCUGGCGUCAGUGCCUCAAGGCGAACUGCGAUCUCGCUUCUUGGCGGUCGGCCUUGCUGACAAUACUGUGCGCAUCAUCUCGUUGGAUCCAUCUGAUUGCCUGUCUCCGCUCAGCAUGCAAGCCUUGCCAGCAUCGGCUGAGUCGCUAUGCAUUGUGGAGAUGGGAGGUCAAGAGGCAAACGACGAAGGCAACAUUACGUCCGCGUCUAGGAUGUUCCUCAACAUCGGCCUGCACAACGGCGUGUUGCUGAGGACGGUUUUGGACUACGCCACUGGAGACCUGGCUGACACCAGGACUAGAUAUCUAGGAUCCAGGCCUGUCAAGUUGUUCCGCGUCAAGAUGCAGGGCAAUGAAGCUGUGCUGGCCAUUUCCAGCCGAACGUGGCUCAGCUACUACUAUCAAAAUAGGUUCCACCUGACACCGCUGUCUUACGAAAUGCUGGAGUUUGCCUCUGGUUUCUCGUCGGAGCAGUGUCCAGAGGGCAUUGUGGCUAUUUCCACUAACACUCUGAGGAUUUUGGCUCUGGAGAAGCUUGGAGCUAUUUUCAACCAGAUUUCAUUUCCCCUUGAGUACACUCCACGCCGUUUUGUUAUUCACCCGGAGUCCAAUCACCUGGUGAUCAUUGAGACUGACCACAACGCGUAUACAGAAGACACCAAAAAACAACGGCGGAUUCAAAUGGCGCAGGAAAUGCAGGAGGCUGCAGGCGAGGAAGAACAAGAGCUUGCGAAAGAGAUGGCCGAGGCCUUCCUCAAUGAAGACCUACCAGAAAGCUCGUUUGGAGCACCGAAAGCCGGCCCCGGCAUGUGGGCUUCCGCUCUUCGCAUCAUGGAUGCGGUGCAGGGAACCACUUAUCAAAUGCUCAGGCUAGAACAAAACGAAGCAGCUAUGUGCGUGGCGCUGUUGAGAUUCAACAACCAACCGGAUGGCUCCCAGUUUGUCGUUAUUGGCAUUGCCAAGGACUUCCAACUGAAUCCCAAAAUAGUGGGAGGCGGAUUCCUCUACACAUACAAGGUCAACCUGGAUUGCACAGAAGUAACGCUGAUGCACAAAACCCCUGUGGAGGAUAUCCCAUAUGCCAUUUGCGCAUUCCAGGGUAGAAUUCUGGUUGGCGUCGGCAAAAUGCUGCGUUUGUAUGAUCUUGGCAAGAAGAAGUUGCUGCGAAAGUGCGAGAACAAACAUAUUCCCAACAUGAUAGUAAAUAUCCAAUCCAUUGGCCACCGGAUUUACGUGAGUGACGUCCAGGAGAGUGUUUACAGCGUCAGGUACAAACGCUCAGAAAAUCAACUGAUCAUCUUUGCUGAUGACACCUACCCUCGCUGGGUUACUUGCACUGCGGUGCUAGAUUACGACACCGUAGCAAUUGCAGACAAAUUUGGCAAUAUUGCUGUGACACGACUGGCACCCAGUGUGUCUGACGAGGUGGAAGAUGAUCCCACUGGAAACAAGGCUCUUUGGGACAGAGGUCUCUUGUCAGGAGCAUCACAGAAAUCCGAUGUAAUUUGCAAUUUCCACAUAGGCGAAGUUAUCACUUCUCUACAGAAAACCACUUUGAUCCCUGGUGGUUCUGAGGCUCUCAUGUACGCGACCCUCUCAGGGACGAUUGGAGUCCUUGUUCCUUUCACAUCACACGAAGACCAUGAUUUCUUCCAGCACUUGGAGAUGCACAUGCGCUCUGAGUAUCCACCAAUCUGCGGCAGAGACCACCUUUCUUACAGGUCCUACUAUUUCCCAGUCAAGAACGUCAUCGAUGGAGAUCUGUGUGAGCAGUACAACUCGAUUGAUUUGGGUAAGCAGAAGCAAAUUGCCGAAGAACUGGACCGUGUUCCAAGUGAAGUGUCCAAAAAGUUGGAGGAUAUUCGCACGAGAUAUGCUUUUUAAAUUUUGUAUUUCCUGUGCACGACUUAUGUAUAUUAUUAUUUUGCUAUUGUUUUAAAUCAAUUAAAAUAAUUGAAGUGGA